AUGAGAUUCCUGACUUUGUUUCUGAUAUUUGUAAUCGCCAGCGCGAACAUUUUUGAUGUACAGGCCAACGACCUACCGCGCCUAGCAUUUAAAAGAAUACGCCAAUUUAAGUAUACCAGUAAUGGAACGCUCAAGCGACGGAAUCAAUCAAACUUAACAGAUAUCGGCAGCGACAUUGCU